AUGCAGAACCGCGCCACGCUCGCUCUGAUCGCGUUCGGCCUGACGCCGUCGCUUUGCGCUCACGCCGCGACGAUCACCGUCGACGACGACGGCCCCGCCGACUUCUCGAGCAUCCAGGCGGCGAUCAACGCCUCGGCGGACGGGGACGAGAUCAUCGUGAUGCCCGGGACGUACUUCGAGCACCUGACGAUGCUCGGCAAGGCGAUCACGCUUCGCGGCUCUGACCCGAGCAGCGCGAACACGGUGGCGAUGACCAUGAUCGACGGCCAGCAGGCCGGCGUCGUCAUCCGGUGCGAGAACGGCGAGGGGCCGGGCACGGUGAUCGAGGGGCUCAACAUCCGCAACGGCGAAUUCGCCACGGGCGGCGGCUUCCGGAUUGUUGGCGCGAGCCCGACCAUCCGGGACUGCCAGAUCGAGGAGAACCGCUCGCCGCGCGGUGGCGGGGCGUACCUGUUCGACGGCUCGGACACCACGUUCGAGCGGUGCGUGUUCAGGAACAACCUCGGGCGCCAGCCCGAUACGUUCGGCCCGGAGGGGGGCGGGGUGUACAUGGAGCAGGAGUGCUCGCCGACGUUCACCGAGUGCGACUUCGAUAUGAAUCGCUCGAGCAACGGCGACGCGGUCGGGAUCGGCGGCGCGGUCGCCGCGGUGGACACCUGCACGCCGUCGUUUGUCGAUUGCAACUUCUUUGCGAACGAGGCACGCAGCACCGCCGGCGCCAUCUACCUGUCCAACGGCGGCGGGCUCACGGCGACCCGGUGCGUCUUCUUCGACAACGAGGGCAACACGAACGGUGGCGCGAUCUACCUCGAAGCGACUGAGGAGGUCUCGAUGAUCGAAGGCUGCGAGUUCCUGGAUAGCAUCGGCCCGGCGCUCGGGCUCCGGGACGCCUUCGCCGAGGUCCGAUCGUCACGUUUCGAGGGCAACCGAACCCCGUUUAGCGGGGCUGCGAUCAACGCCUUCGGCGCCGCGAUCCACGGGGUGACCGUCACCGAUACGGUGUUCAUCUCCAACCUCUCGGGGCUGAGCGGCGGAGCGAUUCGAUAUAGCGGGACCGGCACAUGCACGCUCGAGAACUGCACGCUUCGGAACAACGACACCGAUGGUUUCGGCGGUGCCGUGACGAUCCUUGAAGGCACGCUCAAGGUGACGAACUGCGUGUUCGAGAACAACUCCGCGGCGGACCCCGGCGGCGGCGCGAUCUACGUCGACGACGCGACAGCACAGAUCCUCUCGAGCGUCUUCGACGGGAACACCGCCCAGCGGCCGAACGGAGUCCCGAUCUUCGCCAGGGGCGGCGCGGUGUGCAAUAACGCUGGCGAGGUCGAAAUCGUCAACGGCCUGCUCAUCCGCAACCUGGGCGACAGCGGCAGCGCGGUGCACACGACCAGCGCCGAGGAUACGACGCUCAUCAAUUGCACCGUCGCGGACAGCGUCGAUCCGAAUUUCUUCAUGGUGCCCGCGAUGGUCCGUCUCGGCGUCGGCGCGCUGCGCCUGCGGAACACGAUCCUCUGGAACCCGGCGCUCGACGUCGAGAUCGAGGGCGUCGGGGAUGUGGAGUUCAGCCUCGUCCGCAACGGCGCCCCCGGGAUGGGCAACAUCUCGGGCGACCCGCUCUUCGUCUCCCCGGCGCUGGGCGACUACAGCCUCGCGUCGAGCUCGCCCGCGAUCGACGCCGGCGACGCGAGCGUCGUGCCCGGCGACGUCCUGACCGACAUCGAGGGCGAGGACCGCAUCGUCAACGGCCAGGUCGACAUGGGCGCCUUCGAGAACCAGGGCAGCGUCGUCUGCCUCGGCGACUGCGACAACUCCGGCUCGGUCGACUUCAACGACCUCGUCGCCAUGCUCUUCGAGUUCGGCAACGGCGGCGUCGAGUGCGACGCGGACGGGAGCGGGAGCGUGGAUUUCAACGACCUGGUCGCGGCGCUGUUCCUGUUCGGGGCGUGCCCCUGA